AUGGGAAAUAAUCAACCGCAAAACGUUUGGACAUAUGAAGAGGUUUCUGAAAAAUAUGAGAAAGCAGUUACUACACGUUUAGAAGAAGAAGCUCAAUACAAAGAUUAUGAAGGGAGAAGGCAAUAUACUCAAGCUUAUUAUAAGGAAUAUCCUGAGGGGAAAUUUACAAGGAACUCAACGCUUAAUAUUGACCUGGAUAAGCAAGUGCAUCAAUAUUUCAUUGAUUAUUUGGGAUACAAACACUUGCCAUCUAUUUACUACUUAGGAGUUAAAGGGAUUCACAGAAAUUUUAUGAAUAAAACAGUAUUUUCAAGAUUUAAAAAAUAUCACAAUCGGGCUGAUAGGAUAAAAGAUAAUUUUGAUAGAUUUAGCAACUUCACCAACCACAACUUUCCAAGAGAGGUGGAGCACUUGCAACUUGAAGGGAGAAAUUUUGAUUUUAGUCUUUUUCCUGAAGAGCAAAUCCAAAUGAUUUCUCAAAAAAUAAAGUCAUCAAUCCACUUAAAAGGCUUUAAAAUGACAACCAGAGAUCUUCAGACAGUUCUCAAUGCUAACCAUCACUUGAAGAGGAUCUGUGUAGAUUCCUUAAAGAUUUCAGACCCCGAUGCAGAACUCGAGCUACAAGGAAGUUUUAGGAAUAUCGAAGAAAUCAUUUUACCAAAAAUUGGUCUUAGCAACAGAAAUAUAGAACAUAUUGUUGGUCACCUAAUUGCGAAAGAUGAGGAGUUUAACAACGAAAUUAUCCCUAAUAUAAUUAGACUAAAUCUUUACCAAAAGAACGAUGAGCAAUUCCUUCUUGAUAUGAAGCAGAAACUCCAGCGUAAAGGAUUUAGAGGAGUAUUUAAGACAACUAGAUCAGACAUCGCUCUUUGGAGAGGUAUUAAGAGAGUUUUAGGCUUCUUCUGGGGAAUCGGAAAGUUCAUGUUCAGAGUUACUCUGUUUCCCUUUGCUUACAUGUACAGAAUGAUCCAGGGACAUUAAUGGUUGAGAAAAUAUAUAAUUUGACC